AUGCUGACAAGUAUUACUGCUUUUUAUAUUUUCAGAUCUGUAGAUGAAGACAGAAAAAUAGAGUACAAAGCUGCUGUCAAACUCCAGAGCUGGUUUAGAGGAUGCAGAGUCCGAGCCUAUCUGAGAUAUCUGAACAAAAUGGUGAUUUUUAUACAGAAGUGGUGGAGAGGUUAUCAAAGCAGAAGAUACUUCAGAAGAAUGGUGGAGACAGCAUAUUUUAUUAUGAAGAUGAAUUUCUACAAUGAAAUGGCUGUCAGGAUUCAGAAAAGAUGGCGAGGCUAUUAUGUUCGGAAAUAUAUCCAUAAUUAUUAUGCACUGAAGAAAUACCUGGAAGCCAUUUCUGUGAAUAACGAGAUUGUCAGGAAAGAACUCCAAGAGUAUGCAGAAAUGAAGGAAAAUGAAGAGAAAAGGAAAGACCUAGAAAAGAAAGAAAAGGAAAAGGAAUACCAAGCCCGAAAGAUGCAUUACCUCCUUAGCACUGAGCAGAUUGCAGGCAUCUACAAUUCGCCAUUCAGAAAAUCCCCGGAUCCAAUGGAACUGCUGCUACGGAAGUCAAAGCCAUUGAGCCACAGACGGCAGCAAAUGAAGAGUCCCUUUGCCUCUGAGCUUUAUGACUGGCCAACUUGUAAAAGGCCUCCCGCUUUCUCCGCAGCACAGCCUCUGCCACCUAUUGGCAGACAGAAACCUCAGGGGCCUUUCCGCGAUACUGCUGAAGUGUUGCAGCAGCGCUACAAGCCUUUGGAACCAACCUUGCGAGUGGCAGCAUCAAUCAAUUCACCACUAGAGAAGGCCAGAGAGGAAAUGAAAAGGGAGGAAUGGAGAAACCGUAUACAUGACAAUGAAUUUCUGCCAUUUUCUUCGUAUAAUAAAAAUGAGAAGUAUGACCCAUCAAUUCAUAGGUCAGGCAAAUAUGGCCAAGAAACUUAUGGAAUUAAACACUUCCGAGAAGUACAGCCUAAGAAGCGGGUAGCAGACAAGGACUUUCAAACAGUGUUACCAUCGAUUGUUCUCUUCGAAAAGUUUGGAAAAACUUAUUCCAGAACUGGGCAAAUAGUGUAA